AUGCGCGUCUCUUUUGCUCGACUAGGCGUGGUAUGCGUGCUCCUGUCUGGCCUGACAGGCGCGUUUGCUGACGCUCCGGACAACACGACUUUGCUCAAUCCCGCGUAUCAACGCCUCAAGACGGGGACGGUGAAGCCAUCCGGAUGGGCAUAUAAUCAGGCGCAGGUGCAGGCGCACGGGCUCGCCAGCCAACAGCCUGUGUGGUACAGCUAUGUGAAGGACUCGGUGUGGUUCGGAGGCAUGCUGGAAUAUAGCGAGAUGGAGGAGGCUGCGCCGUACUGGUUCAACGGUUGGGUUGCGCUUGCGCAUCAGCUCCAGAACGAUACACUGCUGGGAUAUGUCCGAUCUUUCUUGGAUUAUGUAUAUGCCUCGCAAGAGGAGUCGGGCAACUUUGGGCCUCCGCCGUUCAACACGUCUCUCCCCGUGCUGCUUUGGCCUCGAUAUAUGGUCAUGCUUGGAUUGAUUCAAUAUGCGGAAGCUGAUCCUAGCGAGUUCACGAAUAUAACCAAUCUGCUGCAUAACUUUGUUCCAUACGCCGCGGAGCGAUUCGCGUCCGGAGAUCUGGGCACCGCGGAUCAAGGGGACCAAUAUGCGUACCAGCAAGUCCGGUGGGAGGAGGUGCCGUAUCGACUCCUCGUGCUCGUCUUGCAGUGGCUGUAUGACAACGACCCCCGGGACAAACAGGCGGAGCUGAUCUCGCUGAUGAAGGCGGCGCGUGCACAGGGAUUCUCGUGGAAGGACGACUUUUAUGUGGAUAAUGGGACAUUCCCGAGAGUGGCGGUCACCGCGGAGAACGAAGGCAUGCAUAAUCAUGGAGUCAACGUUGGAGAAUCUAUCAAGUCGGAGGCACUUGCAUGGCGUAUGACAGGAGAGCAGAGUGAUAUCGAUAGCACCUAUGCUCGCGUAGACAUGAUUUGGAAGUAUCAUGGACGACCGCAAGGGAUCUAUACCACGGAUGAACACCUCGCUGGACUGGAGCCAUCGAGGGGCUCUGAGUACUGUGCGAGCGUGGAGACGCUGUUCUCGCUCGAAAUGAUAUAUGCCACGCUGGGCAACCCUGACUGGGCAGACCUCGCCGAGCGGAUUGCCUACAACUCGGUACCGGCACAGAGCACGCCGGACUGGUGGUCGCAUCAGUACCUUCAGCAAACGAACCAAAUCUGGGUGAAGAACCACACGGAUGGCGCGCCGUGGACGACGCUACCUCCGGAUACCACGUACAGCAAUGUGAUGGGGAUGGAGCCGAACUAUCCAUGCUGCACUGUCAACCACCCCCAGGGAUGGCCAAAGUUUUGGAGCAAUAGCUUCCUGCUCGCCGAUAACGAGACGGCGCUACUGCACGCUCUUCUCGGUCCUGCGACACUCUCGACGAAUCUUGCCAGCGGUGUGAGCACCAACGUGACGGUCGACACGCUGUAUCCGUUCGGCUCGACUGUUACAUACAGCAUCACCGCGUCCGCACCGUACACGCUCUAUAUUCGCAUCCCUAACUGGGCACAGUCCGCCAGCAAUAUCAGCGUGAACGGCGCGCAGGCCACCGUGCUCUCACCUGAUGAGGACAGUGCACUCCAAGCCGUGAACAUCUUGGAAGGAAAGACUAUCGUCGAGUUGUACCUCGAUAUGCAAAUUGAAAUUGAGGAGAGGACGAAUGGCAGCAUCGCGGUCUAUCGUGGGCCGCUGCUGUAUGCUGUGGAUUUGGCGUACAAUGAUACGUUGAUGCCUGCGCUGAGAUCCGAGAGUCCGCUGGAUUUCAUCGAGACUUUGCCCGACGUGCCCGCAUCCGACCUCACUCCUUAUGAUAAUCACAGUCACGAUCACACAUGGCUCGCAACUGUCCCGUGGAACAUCGCUAUCGACCCAUCCACGCUAGCCUUCCACGAAGAGAGCGUCGACGAGCUCCCAUACCACGUUUGGGAGACGGGUGAACAGCCUCAGUCGAUGACGGCGGCAGCGUGUGAGAUAGUCUGGCCGCUGUUGUGGGGCGAUGCCAGCUGGCCGCCGCAGAGCCCGAACGCGUGUCUUGGGGACACGUUUGAAGUCACGCUGAGGCCGUUUGGGGGGACGAGGCUGAGGAUUGGGCAGAUUCCGACUAUGACGGUCGGCUCGUGA